AGAAAUAAUGAAAGUGAUAGUUUCAAUAAAAGCAAGCAACUUCAAAUUUGCACCACUUUCGAGGACGACCAAAAGAUGGAUGUGUUUUUCUUCAGAUCCAAAUGUACAUAACUUCCACUAGAGAGUUUGAGAUAACUCAAAAGAAAAUGGCUAAUUCUCUUAUACGGAAGAAUCGUUUGGCUCUUCUAGUGCUCUUAUUUACUUAUUACUUGGAUGUAUCGGCGCAACAGUUUAGACCUGGAUUUGUGUACACCAGAAACAGAGGAAGAUGUACUCCUCAGUAUUGGAGCAGCAGGAGAGAGUCAUGGCCAAAAAUGGUACCACAGACAUCGACAGUAUCUAAAAUAUUUGGAUCCAGGGCCUACGAGCGAUACAGGUACGAUCUAACAUUGUUAGAAGCUGCUGGAAGAAACGACGAUGGGGAUAACGUAUUUGCCAGAUUAGUGAAGCAAUCAACAGCUGCAUUGUUGAACUCAUAUGCCAGACAGAAUUAUCCCUACAGUGCUUGGGAAGUAAAGACCAUGCUAAUUCAAGCUUUGGUUUCUGAAAAAUCUGCUUCUGUUUUGGCUCAACAGUUAUCUCAAGCUAAUGAAGCCUGCGACUAAUUGAUUGUUACUACAAGUGUGUUAGCUUUUUCUGUAAGCUAUGUGGUUCAAUGGACAUUUUUAGUUCUACUUGUGUUCGUGUGGGUGCUAUUAUAACAUUCUCAGACUAAA